AUGGCAACUUCCCAAGAGAGAAUCACCGUCUACAAUGUAGCAGACCUCAAAAACACCACCGACGACGCCCUCCCCAACUACCUCAACAGCCUAGGCUUCGAGCAAUCCCACCACCUGACGGACGUGCGCCUAGCCCUGGGCUUCUCGGCCUUCGCGCUCGCAGCGGCCUGUUUCGGGUGGGACUACCACUUCGGGUUCGAGGCGACCAAGCACCUGACGGGCGUCGCCGUCGCGAUCUACACGCUGCUCAACGGGGCGCUGACGCUGUGGAUCGCGCGCGCGGAGCGCGGCACCGUCUACGUGGGCCGCAGCCGGGCCACGGGCGAAACGCUGCGGAUUGCGACGCGCGUGGAGAAGAAUGUGCCCGAGUAUAGGGUGCGUGUGGAGGUGACGAGGAAGGAUGGGGGGAGGGAGGAGUUGGAGUUUGCGCGCGCGUUUAGUGAGUGGUUUGAUGCGGCGGGGCAUUUUGUGGCCGCGCCGUUUCAGGUCGUGUUGGCGGGGAGUGUGCCACUGAUUGGGAGGGCGGAUCCGAAGAGGGCGGCGAUGGCGGCCGCGGCGGGGAAGGGGGCGGCGGGUGGUGGUGGUGAUGCUGCGGCCGCGGCGUAUACGCCUGAGAUGUUGGAUGCGCUGGCCAAGGCGAAUGUGAGUGUGGUUGGGUCUGCUGCGGAGGAGGCGACUGGGUCGGAGGCGGCGGCGGGGAAGAAGGGGGGGAAGAGGAGAAAGGCGUGA